ACCGUGAGCGACUCCCAUCAGGGCACAGCCAGCGCGCCCGCGCCAGUCAGCGCAUUAAGAGCCCGGCGGCCGCCUACUUUUUCUUCACCCGGAGCGACCGGGGCUGCCCGCGCGCGCGCGCUUUCUUCCUCCACGCUCGAGGGACGGUUUGUGCGCGCGGGAAGCGGCGACGCUCUCACCAAGGCCCGGAGGCUCGCGGCAGCGGCGGCUUUACCGCCGCCAUUAUCACCAGCGCGCGACGACGAGGAACCAUCUUCGGGGCCCCCCUUCCUUCCUUCCUUCCCUCCCUCCCUUCCUCGCCGUGUCUAGCUCCGCGCAGCGGCACCAGCAACUCCUCCUCCGCCUCCUCCUCCUCCUCCUCCUCUUCUUGGAACAAAGGAAAGAAGCGGCGGCAGCAGCGGCGGCGGCGGUUGCUGCUGCUGCAGCUCCGGGGACCCUCUUCCCGCUAAAGCCCCAAACAGCGGCGGCGUUUCUCCGCCUCUCUUUCGGCUCUUCCCUUGCAAGUCGAAGUAUCUGGGACGCCGAGCGACGCACAAGAUGGCUCAGGAAACCAACCAGACCCCAGGACCCAUGCUGUGUAGCACAGGAUGUGGAUUUUAUGGGAAUCCUAGAACUAAUGGAAUGUGUUCCGUCUGCUAUAAAGAACAUCUUCAAAGACAGCAAAAUAGUGGCCGAAUCAGUCCAAUGGGAACAUCAGGUGGUUCCAAUAACCCUACCUCAGAGUCUACGUCUAUACAGAGAGCAGAUACUAGUUUAAACAACUGUGAAGGUGCUGCUGGCAGCACAUCGGAGAAAUCAAGAAAUGUGCCUGCUGCCGCCUUGCCUGUAACACAGCAAAUGACAGAAAUGAGCAUUUCAAGAGAGGAGAAAAUAAUUCCGAAAACAGAGACAACAGAGCCAGUGGUUACUCAACCAAGUCCUUCAGUUACUCAACCUAGUACAUCUCAGAAUGAAGAGAAAACACCUGAAAUGCCCAAACCAAAGAAGAACAGAUGUUUUAUGUGCAGAAAGAAGGUUGGACUUACAGGAUUUGACUGCCGAUGUGGAAAUCUGUUUUGUGGACUUCACCGUUAUUCUGACAAGCACAACUGCCCAUAUGAUUACAAAGCAGAAGCUGCAGCAAAAAUCAGGAAAGAGAAUCCAGUUGUUGUGGCUGAAAAAAUCCAGAGAAUAUAAACUAACCUACUUGGUGCAAAGACUGACUUCCUUUGUUUUUAUUUUAAAAUAUCCUAGGAAAACAUUAAAGAGCAGAUGCAUGGCCAUUUUCCUUUGAUGUUCUCCAGAGUUUUACUUUAGUUUGUCUUAUUGAUUGAUAUUUUAGGAUAUUGUGGGUGUUACAGGCAGAAUUGGAUAGAUACAGCCCUUUAAAAUGUAUACAUGCCCUCCCCCAAAUGAAUGAAAGAGUAAGACCUGCAUUGGAAAACAGACAUGCGCAAAGGACAGAGUUGUCUAGUUCACAUGUGCCAAACAGAUGCAUAAAAUCUGCAUGUUUGCAGCAGAUUUGCCUUUUGGGAUUGUUGAAAGAGGUAUAUCAUCAUUGGAUAGUGCUAAUGUGCCUGUUUGAUUAAAUGAUACACCAAGAAAAAUGAGUCUACUUUUACCAUAGUUAACCGUAAUCAUCUUUAAUUUCCACACUUCAUUGUUCUAAGGCUGAACUGCAGAGGAGCCAGUUUCUAAAUGGAAAUGGGUGUUCAGGUGCCAUAAACUGCAGUUUAAGAUUACCUUCUAGAGGAUGUAAUCUUUGGAAGUGAUAAAAAUUGUUCAACUGUUAAAAACUAGUUCUUGAAGGAAACUUUUUUCAAAAUUUUAUGAACUAGCCUACAACAGAAGACUUGUCUGCUUCUUACUCUUAAGUAGCUAAAUACAUUGAGUAGCACAAUGCAACAAGAAUUGAUUUCAGUUUACAAAAUAAAGGCUACAUUUUUGAUAAAAGUUAAUCACAGCAGCUCUUUCAAAUAAGCACCUGCAUCUGAUGAACCUAGUUUGCAAAUGUAUUCAAGCCUUUAAUUUUUUCAUAUGCAUCUUAAGUUGAAUGUGUUCUGGUUUGAAAAGAAGGUUAGCCUUUAAUUUUUUUAUAGUUUCCAAAUGUAGUGAGAUUGCACCCUUUUGCAUGGAGAAAUCAUACCCAAUAUGGCUGCUGUACACUUAAGUGGUACCUGGAACCACUCUGAGGGGCUGCUUUUAUCAUUUUAAUAGUAUUUGGGUGUAGGACUGUAGUGUUCUUGGGUGUAUUGCAUGGGCUGCAUUAUCUACAGCAUUGUACAAUAACAACUCUAGAAAAGGCAGUAUACUUCACUGAUGCUUGUCUGGUAAUAUCACUUCUGUGUUAUAAUGGAAGGGUUUUUUGUGAUGUAUGAAACUUGUGUUUUUUAUAUAAACAAGUACAGUUUAGAGUAGUAUAGUGGUAAUGCCUGUUCUCAUUUGUAAAUAGUUGUGUAUACAUAGGGCACUACUUCUGAUUUCUAUUGCAGUGUUCAGUCUUAGUUUUCUUCAUUAAAAGCAUCAGGUCUUUGCUUUAAAUUUUGUCCUCAGUUGAGUUAUUAGAUAAGCAAAUGUGUACAGAUAGUUCAUAUUUAUGUAUUGCACAUAAUCAUGCUACCCAGCAUCUAUGCUAUAUUGUAUUAUGUAAAUAAUAAAAUCAUGUACAGAGGGA